GUACAUCAGCACCAGUGUGUGUUUAGCAACAUCAUCCUACGGACCCGCACCGCUUACUUUCAGUCGAGGCUGACUUUUCUCCCACAAAAGCUCCAUAGAAUUAAACAAAACGCUCGACAACAUUAUAAAGCUACUAGUGGCUCGACAGAAGAGCAGUUUCAGAUCUUUUGAAUCGCUUCUUUUUUCCCGUCCUCGCAGGUUUCUUGGACCACUCCAGACAUCAGACCAGACUUCUCCCGUUGACUCGGCACUCUCUCAAGGCAAAAUGGGGAAACAGAACAGCAAGCUGACCCCUGAAGUGAUGGAGGACCUGGUGAAGAACACAGAGUUUAAUGAACAUGAGCUGAAGCAGUGGUACAAGGGUUUCCUGAAGGACUGUCCCACUGGACGCCUGAACCUGGAGGAGUUCCAGCAGCUGUAUGUCAAGUUCUUCCCAUACGGCGAUGCGUCUAAGUUCGCCCAGCACGCCUUCAGGACCUUCGACAAGAACAGCGACGGCACCAUCGACUUCAGAGAGUUCAUCUGCGCUCUGUCCAUCACAUCUCGAGGCAGCUUCGAGCAGAAACUCAACUGGGCCUUCAAUAUGUACGACCUGGACGGAGACGGCAAGAUCACACGGGUGGAGAUGCUGGAGAUCAUCGAGGCGAUCUACAAGAUGGUGGGCACGGUGAUCAUGAUGAAGAUGAACGAGGACGGCCUGACGCCCGAGCAGCGAGUGGACAAGAUCUUCUCCAAGAUGGAUAAGAACAACGACGACCAGAUCUCGCUGGACGAGUUCAAAGAGGCGGCGAAGAGCGACCCGUCCAUCGUACUACUGCUGCAGUGCGACCUCCAGAAAUAGAACGGAGGGCAAGCGGAGCUCCACCUGCCGCCACGGACUGCACAGAAAGAAUUUCAUGUUCCAUUCAGUUUGCAGCUAUUUCCACUGAAAAAAAAUUAUAUAUAUGCUUGGACUACCUUUCAAUGGAUCUGCUUCUUGUGUUUGAAACACUCGUGUGCAUGAGAAUGUUAUUUGCUAUAAAAAAGAUCUACACACAACAUACAAACAGUGCAAGUGCACACCACACACACACAAACACACACACAUGUCACUACAUAUGAACACCUCGCACAAAUAUAUAUAUAGAUAUAUAUAAAUAUGAAUAUAUAUUUAAAUUAUUUAAAGAUCAACUGCCAAAAUGUGAAGUGUGCAAAGUAUUUUCCAUACAGUUUCAUUUUACUGGAGCUUGCGCAUCAUGGAUGUGCCACGUUGAAUUUGCCGCUACUCUAUUUAUUGUUCCGAGUUUACUGACGCUAGCUGUCUGUGUUUCAUAAUACCGAGUAAUGUCGACUGAACCAAAUUCCUAUGAUAAUGUAUCUGCCUCCAAUAACACUCGAUCCAUCGUCUCGAAAUAUUAGCACUAUUAGAAGAGAUGGAUUAUAGCGUACGUCCAACUUUUCCUUCUGAAACAUGCCUGUACUGUCGGUCAAAAGAUGUAAAUGUAGUUAAUUUGCAUGCCUUUAGGUUCUGCCUUAAAAAAAUCUCCUAAUUUUGCAUCCUGUAAUCGAUGACAGAAAGCCUUAUCGAAGCAGCGCGUGACACUUUGGAGAAUUUGGGAGAAAAUAUGUUUACUGAAUAGGGAGCAAAAAAACAUUGAAGUAGGUCCUUCUACAAGUAAAGGCUGUCAAUGAUGUGAUAUGUCAAGGCGUUUCCUUUGGACUGCUUUAACUGUGGGAGCAUGUUCCCUUGUAAAAUAGCUGUAGUAUAUGUUGCUAAGAACUAACACCCUGCCCCUGUGCAUUUAAACACACUCUCAUUACAAAGAAGUAGAUGUUCGAUGCAGAGGAACCAGUCAUUUUGAACCAGCGAUAGAAAGUGAAGCGAGAAUCCAUCAGGAUUCCCUGGAGAACGAAUGAAGCGUCCCUCAGCUGGAGAUAAUUGGAUUAGAAGGACGAAAUACGAAUCUAUAGGCGGAGAGCGUUGUUAUCAAACCUACCAUCACAUCUACUUAUUUUCCAAUUAGCCUGCAGGUUGCAUAUCAAGAAGACAAAUCCAGAGGAGUUAUUUUAGAGCGUCAAAGAAGAGAAGAAAUAAGGCCCGUGCAGCAUUUUCCCGUUUGUCUUUUUUCAGUGGAAGUAAAUGAAGUAGUGAGAGGAGCAGUGAAUGUUUUUUCAUUGUAACUAGUAGAGGACAGCCCUUCCUGUGAAGCCAUGUGUUUAGUAAGUUGGACGAUUCUCCCUCCCCAGACCCUCGACGUAAUUCCCUCUUAAGAGUCAGUCAAUCUUUUUGUACUUUUUUACUCCCUUCUCUCACCCAUUGUACACGUACUCAGACAUUCGAAACGUAGAGAAGUUCAGUGAAGUGUGGCGUCUCCUACUAAUGAUUUGGAAAUAACCCGUGCGCCCACUUCAACAAGUUGACCUGGUUACGUCUGAAAGCACCGCAGACACAUUCCAACAUGCAUCAACACUAGCAGUGGAGGCUAAAGCAGAUGUGAUAUGUCGUAAUAAACAGCAUUGCAAUAAAGAUCGAGCAUACCGGUCCAUUGUCUCUCAGCAAUGUCACUUUGUAUUCUGAACUUCUUUACAUAAACAUCUUUUGGCCAAACAAUGUUUUUAAUUCCAACUCUGUUAUUAAUAUUAUUGCUAUCAAGAUACCAAAUGUAAGCAAAAGCAAACGUGUACAAGGAUUCUUUUGUAGCAUGUAUUGUGUCCCUGACGACAUGGCUGCACUACUCCCUGUGUUGUGAUUUAAUCUAAUAAAAGGAACUCUAUGGG